GUGUGACUUUGGUUAUGCAAAAGCUGUGGUUGCUUCCCAAGGGCCACAGUACAAGGGAAGGCUUUUCAGCCUAGGGGGAAGACAAGUUUCCUGACAAAGCCUAAAAGGGCAGAAGGCUUCCUCUCCCAGGUGUUCCCUAGAACGGAGAACACUUAACUUCGGUAAUGUUCACUUGGGCAGAACAAGAAUGAACAAAAUGAUACUUCCCUGCCGGACUGUUGAAUAACCAGUGAUGGGGUGAGGGGGAGUAUGUGCGAGGGGCCCAGCUAGUCUGGGAUGCAGCUGUUUGUUCCCCUUUACAUCAGCAGAGAAACCAAGAUGUGGUCAAAGGACUUGCACAUGCUCAUGUAAUGCAGUGGAGCGACUUUGUGACGCUUUUUCAAGCCAGGGGCUCCUCCCAAAGGUGAUCAGCCUUUCCCCACCCGUGCUCUGGACCUGCCUAGACCUGUGGUUGCUGCCCAGGGAGCUAAGUCUCCUCCCCAAACAUAAACUUAAUCAUGUAAACUCAGCAAACUUGGCCUUUCCUCCCUCUGUCUCUGGCUUUGUUUCAUCCUUCUCUCCCUUUCCCCUGCUCUCUGUCCUGUCUCUUGCAGGUCUUGGCUGGCGUGUCAGGAAAGGGGUCCCAUCGCAUGGCCUCCUAUUCUGGGGAGCCGGGGCUCCUGUCCUGUGGGUCCUGUGACAUGGUUUUCCGCUCCUGGACGCUGUUGGCCACCCACACUCAGCGUUUCUGCAUUGGCCGUCUGACCCAAGAGUUUUCUUCACCCCACGCCCUGUCCUGUCGCCAGGUAGUGCCACAAGACCACCAGGGCCUCCCAGACCAGGAGGCCAGCAAAUUGGCUCUUAAGAAGCUAACAGAAGAGGAAAUGCGACCUUGGAUAACAGAGGUACCCAGGGGAUUAGAAGGGCCCCGGAACCAGACCCAGGCGCAGACUCGAAGCACCCACGAAGCUGCUGGAAGCCCCAGCGAGCGGCUUCGGGCGCUGCAGGGAACUCAUGCAAAGCAGGUGGCGGAGACGGAGUCACAGAGCUGGGCCCUGGAGAGACGCAGUGAGGAACUGAGCCAACGCCUCCAAGGUUUGGCCCAGACCCGGGGCGGAAUAUCACGCCUUUUCGGUCUGGAGCGGGAGCUUCGAGAACUCCGGGCAGAAGCCGGGCGAACGCGGGGAGCUCUAGAAGUGCUAGGGGCGCAAGUUCAGCAGCUACAACCGGAGGCCGGGGUCCGGCUCAGCGCCCUGCGAGAGGCAGAACUCUGUUGUCCGGUGUUGCGGGCCAACCCAGGGACUCUGGCUGCCGAGAUCGGGGCCCUGCGAGAGGCCUACGUUCGAGGCGGGGGCCGGAACCCCGGCGUUCUGGGCCAGAUCUGUCAGUUGCAGGUGGAGGCAUCAGCACUGGAGUUGCGGCGGUUGCGGACCCGCAGAGGAAAGGGGGCAGGUGCCGCCCUGGGGGAGCUUCUAGUAGUGGAAACCGAAAACCGGCGCUUGGAGGCAGAAAUCCUGGCCUUACAGAUGCAGAGGGGUGCAGGCCCUGCGUCCUGGGGGCCUACGGAGCCUCGAACUUUGGUGAAUCCCAGCCCAUGCCUGAGAAGGAGGGAAGAUCCCCCGAGCCUCCCGCCGCCGGUGGCUCCUCCUCUGCCGCCCCUUCCACACUCCACAGGCAUCCUAUUGAGUGGCACAGAAGAGGCUCUGCAGGUUCCUGGAACCAUGACCAAGAACCUAGGUCUGGAUCCAUACUUCCUUCUGCCAGCCUCUGACGUUCUGGGCCCUGCACCCUAUGACCCUGGGGCUGGGCUGGUCAUUUUCUAUGACUUCCUUCGGGGCCUUGAGGCCACUUGGAUUUGGGUGCAACUAAUGACUGGCUUGACCCGAGAUGGACAGGACACAGGAGGAGCCACGGCAUUGCCCCCAGCCCUUUGCUUGCCCCCACCUCCAGCUCCUGGGCCCGUGGGCAAUUGUGCCAUCCUUGCCAGCAGGCAGCCUGUACCCAGGCUGCCACCUUCAGCAUCAGUAUCCCUGGUCUGUGAGCUACAGGCCUGGCAGGGACUGGCAUGGACUAGGGAACCACAGCCAAAGGCUUGGGCCUCACUAGUGCUAUUUGACCGGGAGCAAAGGGUGUUAAGUGGCCGUUGGCGCCUUCCACUUCGGGCCCUUCCUCUGGACCCCAGCCUUAGCCUUGGGCAGCUGAAUGGGAUUCCCCAGGUAGGUCAGGCUGAGCUCUUUCUGCGACUGGUUAAUGCAAGAGACGCAGGUGUCCAGACACUGGCAGAGAUCAAUCCCGCAAGUGCCCAGGAGUACCAGUACCCACCUCCGAUGUCCAGCUCACCUUCACUGGAAGCAAGCUUCCUUGCCCCAAAAGCUGGCUUUGUUGACCCCCCUCCUCCUGAAGAGCCCCCUCAGCAGCAGAGUAAAGGAUAGAUGGUUUGGGCCCUCAUCACGGUUUUGACCACCACCGCCGGCUUCCUGAGUCUAGGAGAAUGUGGGUGGGCAUGAGUAGCUUAAGAGGCUCAGAACUAGGAUUUGUUGCCAGACCUGCAGCUUUACUACUCCACGUUCUCGGAGGGUCUAGAAGCAAACACCAGAUACAAGCUCAAGAUAGGAGAUCCAACCAUAGCUUUGCCACCUUCCACAAAUACUUGGCCUUUA